AUGACCAAGGCGUUCUUCGAACUGAACAACGUAAUUAACGCGGCACGCACCGAAAGCUUCGCGCUCUGGGCAAACACUCAAGAUGCGAGAAUCGUCCAAGCUCGCCGCAGCAGGCUUCGCGUCCAAACCUUUGACCUCAAAUUCGGCAAAGGUGGAGCCCAAGUGACGUACGAUAUCAGAGUCCGCUGGAAGACGACUGACGAGCUGAGGGGCAAAGAGCUCUACAUUCACCUUUACCGCGCCAUCGGCCAACCUUGGCUGCCAGCAAGACAAUGGGUUCGAGAGCAUCUCGGUAAAGACGUCAUUGGACCAGCCAAGCUGGAGUCAUACAUCAUCGCUACUGGGAGGCCUUUUAACUACGCGGGUCUUCCGAAAGAGUUACAGUUGAUGGUCCUGGGGGCUCUCAUUGGACCAACAAUCUGGCCACGAGCCAAGGUUGAGUGCCGCCGUUGCUGUGAUGCCGACCACAGCGGUGCUACAUGCGGUGCGUUAAAGCGUGUGUUGCGACAUGCCCGUAGCAUUGACGACGAGCUUGCGGCGCUCCUGGGAGAGCACGAUGUCUCACAGUCCGGGUAUCAUGUCGAACCGCCGGAGGACGAGCCCUUGGGCCUAGCAAGUCUUGCUAUCCAGAACGCUGGCUGGCCCAAGAACAUUGGUAUCCAAGCACCGCCUCCAAUCGUCACCAACCACAGCCUUGGAUGCCGAACGCGGCACCGAGCUGGAACGAAACCUUCUUCCGUUGAUGGGUUGACGCGGAAGGACGCCAACGGGAUGAGAGACCUGCUUCUUAUCAGCCGCGAGUUCAGCGUUGAUGUCCAGAAGAUGAUCUGGGAGCCUACCGUCAAGCGAUUCAGAAGCCUGGCUAUACUGUGCGCAUCUAUCCCACUACUCAAGUCCAUAACGUCUUUCAACACCUUUCGCCGAGUAUCACUCAGCAUGAACAACAUUCAGCUGUUCCGCUUCCUCGGUUACAAGAGCAGUGAGAAGAGUGCUUUCAGGACUUGCACCUCCACAUCAGGAGGCACUCGCGACAUCCUGGCCGGCCUAAACAUCCAUCAUUUACAUUUCGACUUCCAACGGCCCACAGUCACCGAGCUUUACGGCCGCUACUACACCGACGAUCCGUGGUCUAACACCAAGAGUGCACCACGUUCAACAGCGUCUUGUCAGAAGACAUUCGUGGAUAUAUUCUUCAUGAUGGCUUUUGACAGCCUUCGCAGCGUGCCGAAGGUAACUUUCUCCGGGUAUACGAAAGAAAGCAACGGGGAGACGUGGGAACCGCUUUUGUCGAAGUCACGAGAGAAUGUUUCGUCUACGUUCUCUUCUGCCAUCUCUGAGAUGAAGGCACGUCCUGUCUCUGAUUUGUGA